AUGCAUAUUUCUCUUUCAGUUGUAGCAAGUCUAAUCAUCCUACAUUUGUCUGGGGCAACCAAAAAAGGAACAGAAAAGCAAACUACUUCCGAAGGGCAGAAACCCGUGCAGUGUGGAACUUGGACAAAAUAUGCAGAAGGAGGCAUCUUCACUUCUCCCAAUUACCCCAACAAGUAUCCUCCUGACAGAGAGUGCGUCUACAUUAUAGAAGCUGCCCCUAGACAAUGCAUUGAACUACACUUUGAUGAAAAAUAUUCCAUAGAACCUUCUUGGGAGUGUAAAUUUGACCACAUUGAAGUACGAGAUGGACCUUUUGGCUUUUCCCCAAUCAUUGGACGUUUCUGUGGACAGCAAAAUCCACCUAUGAUAAAAUCCAGUGGCAGAUUCCUAUGGAUUAAAUUUUUUGCUGAUGGUGAGCUGGAAUCUAUUGGAUUUUCUGCUCGGUAUAAUUUUACACCUGAUCCAGAUUUUAAGGACCUUGGCGUUUUGAAACCAUUGCCAGUUUGUGAGUUUGAGAUGGGAGGACCUGAAGGAAUUGUGGAAUCUGUACAAAUUGUCAAAGAAGGAAAAGCUUCUGAAACUGAAGCAGUAGACUGUAAAUGGUACAUCCGAGCACCACCCCGAUCCAAGAUAUAUUUACGAUUCUUGGACUACGAGAUGCAGAAUUCCAAUGAAUGCAAAAGGAAUUUUGUAGCAGUCUAUGAUGGAAGCAGCUCUGUGGAGGAUUUGAAAGCGAAGUUUUGCAGCACUGUUGCUAAUGAUGUAAUGCUACGGACAGGUCUUGGUGUAAUUCGCAUGUGGGCAGAUGAAGGCAGCCGAGGCAGCCGAUUCCAGAUGCUCUUCACAUCUUUCCAAGAACAUUUAAAGGUGAUGCAGAUUGUCCUUUCUGUGCCGUGUCAGCUGUCCGUAAGUGCCGUUCAGUGUCGCAGACUGGUGGUGGCUGUCGGGAGUCGGGGAGAGCAGAUGUCCGGGGUGCGGACUGUGAGACGCGGCUCAAAGGAUGUAGACCGCAACGUCUUUCGGCAGC